GGGCGGCGCGGGCGCGGGCGCGGCGGGCCUCGCGCCCUGCACCGGCCUCAAAAUGGCCACGCGCGCACCCCCGUAGCGGACAAACGUGAGCAUUCGGGCCUUUUUCUGGGGACGAACGACCUGUGGCCUUCCACGGAAUUCCUGCCGAGUCGCCUCCCUCUCCCCCUCCACGCCCGCGCGGGCUGAGGGUGUCCCCGCUCUUCGAUUGCUUUCCGUGGGGGGUAUUUUCCACGGACGCCCCCCCCUCCCGCCGCCCAGACUCUUCCUUCCUUCCCCUUUUCCUUACGCAAUACAUAGAAACGCGCGCGACGGUGGUUGGUGUUCAUUUCUCCCUGGUGUGGUGUGCAUGCGGUGGGGUGGAGAGUGUGCGCGUGUGCGCCGUUGGCCAUGCCUACUGCUCCCGAGUGGGGCCGUCCCGCCGCAGGACUGCCCAGGACUACACCGCAGCCUAACUGUGGGCCUCUCAGGGAGAGACUGGGAAAGUCAGGAGUCCUCCGGCCUCAGCGUGGACCUCAGCCUCCACCCCGCUCCGAAGGAGGAGUGGAGACCCUGUUGAGAGGGGCCAGUGUCUCUAAAUAUGCCCCAGGAUGACCGAACAGCCGCCGAGCGAGGCGGCACGCAGUGACCCCCCGCUAGAAGGACGGGACGCGGCUGAGGCCCGCAUGGCCCCCCCGCACCUGGUCCUGCUCAACGGCGUCGCCAAGGAGACGAGCCGCGCGCCGCCCGCCGAGCCCCGGGUCAUCGAGCUGGGCGCGCGCGGCGGCCCUGGGGGCGGCCCCGCCGGUGGGGGCGGCGCCGCGAGGGAUUUAAAAGGCCGUGACGCGGCUGCUGCGGCGGCUGAAACACGCCAUCGGGUGCCCACCACCGAGCUGUGCAGACCUCCCGGACCCGCACCGGCUCCAGCGCCCGUCUCGACCGCCGCGGAGCUGCCAGGAGACGGCCGCAUGGUGCAGCUGAGCCCGUCCGCGCCCGCGGCCCCCGCCGCCCCCGGCCGCGCGCUGCUCUACAGCCUCAGUCAACCGCUGGCCUCACUUGGCAGCGGGUUCUUUGGGGAGCCAGACGCCUUCCCCAUGUUUACGGCCAACAACCGGGUGAAGAGGAGACCCUCACCCUAUGAUAUGGAGAUGACUGAAGGUCCCCACACCAAAGUCGUGAGACGCAUCUUCACCAACAGCCGGGAACGCUGGCGGCAACAGAACGUAAACGGGGCCUUCGCUGAGCUCCGCAAGCUCAUCCCCACGCACCCCCCAGACAAGAAGCUCAGCAAGAACGAGAUCCUGCGCCUGGCCAUGAAAUACAUCAACUUCCUGGCGAAGCUGCUCAGUGACCAGGAGGAGGAGGGCUCCCAGCGGGCUAAACCCGGCAAGGACGCUGUGGUGGGGGCCACUGGUGGGGGUGGGGCAGGGGGUGGUGCACCCCCUGAUGACCUCCUGCAGGAUGUGCUGUCCCCCAACUCCAGCUGUGGCAGCUCCCUGGAUGGGGCAGCCAGUCCGGACAGCUAUACAGAGGAGCCGGCCCCGAAGCACACGGCCCGAAGCCUCCAUCCCACCCUGCUUCCUGCCGCUGAUGGGGCUGGCCCUCGGUGAUGGACCGUGGCCACCUGGGGCCAGCCAAGAGAUGCCCUUUCGGCCACAGGGACGGCAGGCUUCAGGGCCAGUGUGAUGAGAAUAUGGUGACUCUGAAACAGGCCGAUGGACCCAUGGGCUUCCCCCACUGCCUGAACUACAGGAAGCCCUUAUUGAAUCCAG